UCCCCAUUAUGACACUCUCCCUGACGGAUGCUAUAUGGCACAAGACCCAGCAAACAGUUGCUGUCAAAAACCACAGUGUAAUUUCCAGCCCUCUGGUGGUAGCGGAGGCGGAAGUGGUGGGAUGGUAAUCACGGGAAGUUCCGGACCAUCCGUACAAAUGGGCGGUGGUUCAUCACACUCUGGAUCCUUUAUGACUGGAGGAACUUGUCAUGACACAAUCAAUAACUGUGCUAACUAUGGAAAGGCCGUUUGUUCUGAUGCCAGUUACACACAAUGGGUUAAACAGAACUGUGCCAGCUACUGUAAUAUGUGUGGUGGUACAAGUUCUGGUGGUGGAGAUGGGGGCUUCAGCUUGCACUUUGGUACAGGAGGAACAGGUGGAACAGGUGGUACAGGUGGCACAGGUGGUACAGUAGUUUCAGGUGGAUCAGGAUCAAUGUCAGGUACAUUUAGUUUCUUUUUAAACAAAAGUUACUUUUAG